AUGGUGGCUGCAAAUAGGGAAAUGGCUGUGUAUUGCUUUGAUACUCUUGUUGCUCACUACAACUCUGAGGAUGCUCCUCCUCCUGCUUUUGAUGAGGGCCAACACCCGUUGUUUGUUACUUGGAAGAAAGUUUUCAAUGGAGGCGAGGCUCGUUUACGUGGAUGCAUUGGAACUUUGGAAGCUCGAUACUUGAUUAAUGGAUUCCGGGACUAUGCUUUAACAAGUGCUUUGAGGGACCGCAGAUUCCCUCCUAUACAAGCUAAAGAAUUGCCUGCUCUGGAAUGCACAGUUUCCAUUCUGGCUAAUUAUGAGACUGCCAACAACUAUCUUGAUUGGGAGGUUGGGACGCAUGGUUUGAUCAUUGAGUUUACUGAUCCUAAUAACAAUGCAAGGCGAAGUGCUACUUAUUUGCCUGAAGUGGCUGCCCAUGAAGGCUGGACGAAAGAGGAGGCAAUUGAUUCGCUGAUGCGCAAAGCUGGCUUCGGCGGCCACAUUACCGAGUCACUUCGAAAGUCUAUCCAAGUGACUCGUUACCAGAGCACAUUAUUUACUUUGACCUAUAGUGAUUAUGUCUCAUAUGUCAGGGCAACCAGGGGUGCAGCUCCGCUUAUUAAUGGGGUGAGGCACGGCAACUAUUGA